GAAGAGGUCUGUCCUAUCUGUCUCUUGGAGAUGGUAGAGGGAGAGAGUUUAACCUGCUGCAAAGGAGGAUGCAAUAAUAGGUUACAUCAGCACUGUAUGGAAAUAUGGGCUGUGGAGUGUAGGGCAAGAAAAGAGAGGCUAAAUUGUCCUCUUUGUCGAAGGAUUCUCACACCUGAUGCAGCUCCUUUCCUUGGAGACAGAUCACCUAAAGGCUCGCCACUAUCACCCAACCGCACUGUUUCCCCCAAUGUCCCCACUCCGCUUGGACCUGAAGAAGUCAUUACACUGCCUCACUCAGAACCAAUUCCCUCCCAACAAAUAGAGUUGGCAAGACCCUGGAUCCAAGUAAGAAGAUGCAUCCUUAUUGAUUAA